GAGGAGUGGACGCGGGCGACGAAAAGAGGCGGCGUCGUCCAUCUUGCGUUUCCAUCUCCACUCCGCUCAUCUCCCGCUUCAUCCCCGCCAUCGCCCGCCCCGCACCAUGGCCUACGUCGCAGUCGCAAAGGCCCUCUACGACUACCAGCCACAGGACCCAGACACCGAGCUCGCCUUCCAUGAAGACCACAUCCUCUACAUCAUCGACAAGGAGGACAACGACUGGUGGAAGGCAAAGCUCAAGGAUGAUAACGGCGGCGCAGACGGCCAGGUCGGCCUCGUACCCGCCACCUAUGUCGAGGAGAUACCACCCAUAAGCACCACCCGCGCCAUGUUCGCCUAUGAAUCCACCUCUCCGGAAGAACUAUCCAUGUCAGAUGAAUCCGCCCUGCACGUGUACUCUGUCGAGGACGACUGGCUCCUCGUUCGACUGGACUCGGACCCUUCAUCCAAGCUCGGCUUUGUCCCACGCAACUAUUGCGAGCCCCUCGAUGCGUCGGAGCAGGUCCAGGUUGCCGACGCAGCCGAUACCGAGGCAGAGCUCGAGGCGCAAAGGCAGGCUGAGCACGAAAAGGAGCUCGCCGAGAAGCAGAGGCAGCUCAAGCUCAAGGACAAGGUCGAAACAUGGAGCAUCAGUGAGCUCGAGGGCAAAAAGAAGAAGAAAGGGACACUCGGUGUCGGCAACGCUGCAGUUUUUUUCGCAUCUGAUACUGACAAGGCCGCUCCUGUCAAACAAUACCCAAUCACAGACGUCCUCUCCGUCAGCCAGCCUUCCUCCAAGAACCUCUCUCUCGCCCUCUCCACCCUCGCCGAACCUCUUCAGUUCCAUUGCGGCAGCGCUGAUACUGCACGCGCCAUUCUUGCCAAGCUCGAGCAAAGCAAAGCUGCCGCAGGCGAGGCCCUUGAAUUGCUCAACAACGAGACACAACCUGUCUCUUCUGAAGACGAGGCCGAACCCGAGCCCGAACCCCAACCCCAACCGGAGCGCGCACCACAACCCGCUUUCACCCCGCUUCCUCCUCCCCCCCAUCCUUCCCGCACCAUCUCCGCCACCUCCAACAACUCUGAACCAAAGGGUGUCCGCUUUGCCGAGCCCGAGCCCGAGCCCGCGCCCGCACAAAAAGGUGAAGAAGAAGCAGCGACCGUUCUCUACGACUUUGAUGCCGCGGGCGAUGACGAACUGACGGUAAAGGAGAACGAUACGGUAGCCAUCGUGGACAAGGAGAACGACGAGUGGUGGCUCGUCAAGGAUUCAAACGGUCAGCAAGGUGUAGUGCCCGCCGCGUACCUUCAGCUCAAUGACGGCUCUGUCCCUGCUCCCUCCGCUUCUGCCGCGGGUGGACCUGCCGCGUACGAUGAGGACGAUGAAGAAGAGUAUCGUGCAUCCGAAGCCAAAGCUGAAGCCGAAGCCGAAGCCCGUGCCGCCCAGCAGGAAUCUGAGCGUCAACGUCAACUUGCCGCAGAAGAAGAACGACGUCGGAUUCAAGCGGCUGCCGAAGCUCGUCGCAUGCAAGAAGAAGAGGACAGGCAGUUGGCUAUCCAGAUUGAGGAAGAACAAAAGGAGAGGGCAGCAAGAAAGGCUUUGCGAAGACAAGAAGAGGAACGAAGACGACGAGAGGAAGAGGCCAAAGCGGCGAGGGAGAAUGCCCGGGCUGGAGGAUUGCAGCCGCCUCAAAUCACGAAAAGGCCGUCAGGCAACGAUGUGGCCGCAGCUGCCAACAGGCUUCCCACCAGAGGACAUGCCGCUCCCGCACGACCUCCUGACAAUGCUCGUUCCAAACCCAACCCCGCCAAGGUCCGCACCUGGUCCGAUAAAAGCGGACAGUUCGACGUCGAAGCUGAAUACCUCGGUCUGCUCAAUGGCAAGGUCCGCCUGCACAAGCUCAACGGAGUCAUUAUCGACGUCCCACUCGAAAAAAUGUCUGCGCGCGAUACCGAGUUGAUCAGGAGGCAUGAAGCAAAGAAGGCUAAAAAGGCGAGCAUGGAUGAAGAUGACCGACCGCUGGGCCAGCAGCCUACAGGUAGACGACCAGGACAAAGGUCGGUCGAAAGCACCCACAGGAGCGAGGAACCGAUCCCCGCUGAAGUCGUGCGUGCCUCCAAGGCGGCAGCAAGUAAACGCCCCCCAUUCGACUGGUUCGAGUUCUUCCUUUCCGCCGGGUGCGAUAUGGACGACUGCACCCGCUAUGCUACCAAUUUUGAGCGUGACCGUAUUGACGAUAGCAUCCUACCCGACUUGGAUAACGGUACACUUCGCUCCCUCGGUCUGCGCGAAGGCGACGUGAUCCGUGUGCGCAAAGUCAUCCAGAGCAGGUUCUCAAAGAAGACACCAGAGCAGCAAGCGCAGAUUGAAAAGGAUGAAGAGCUGGCGAGGCAGUUGCAAGAACAAGAGGCGGGUGGCAAGCCGCCUGGACUGUUUACCGGUCCCAAUGGGAAAUUGGCCAACAACACUCGAAGAGGGAGGCCGGAAAAGAAGUCGACCGGUCCAGAAUCAGUCGACGCCGCUGCAUUGGCUGCUGCAAGCGACAAGCUUGCUCAAGUCACUCUUACACCCACCCCGCCCAGCGCUCCUACGCCUCCACCCGUGAUUUUGACUCCUCCCACCGUUGAGGAAAAGAAGCCGGCAGCAGCACCUGCCACUUCAACCGGGUUUGACGAUGACGCCUGGACUAUCAAACCCAUUUCCAAGCCUUCCUCUCCCGCCCCUGCCACUGUUACGACUAGCUCAUCCCCCGGGCCGUCUGCUGCUCCCGUCUCGACUUCUCCCAAGGUAGCCAACAACACCGACUCUCUGCUUGCUCAGAUCAAUGCGCUCAGGCCCGCGAGUACAGGCAUCAGCCAGAAUAACACGGGCGGAAGCUUUGACAAGUUUUCCCACAUGACGGGCGCAGGCGCGCCCCGAGCACCGUCAGCACCUGCUCAGCACCCAGCCGCCCAGCAACCACAAUCCCAGCUAUCACCUCAGCCUACCGCCCAGUCACAGCAGUCCUUUGUUCCCAACGCGUAUGGCCUCGGUGUGCAGAACUCGGGCCAACCGAUGUCGAUGCUUGCUCAACAAACAGGCAUGUCCAACUCUUCCAACGCUCCCCGUGGCCCGCUCGCCCCCGUCCCCGUAAACCAGGGGCUGUUGAACCCCAUGCAACCGCAAGCCACAGGGAUGUUUGUUCCAACUCGAGAUCUAUUGCCGAUGGGUGCUCAGCAAACUGGAUUCCAGCCGCAACAGCAACAGCCUCAGACUACUUCCAGCUUCCAUGCUCAGCAACAAAUGAUGCCUCAGCAAACUGGGUUCUUCACCGGUCAGAUGGGUAUGCAGCCUAACUUUACUGGCUUUCCCCAACAACAACAACAACAACAACAACAACAACAACAACAGUCCACAUUUAACACCAUUGCCUCCAUGCCCCCUCCUCAACCUCAACAAGCUCAGCAGGCCCCUGACAAGUUUGCGCCUUCAAACAUCUUUGCAGCUAUGAAGAAGACGGACUUUGGUAAACCCGAGGAACAACAACCUCAAGCAGCUGGCAAAUACGAUGCCCUUCGUCCACUCACUACAGGCUAUAACGGCGCGCCGGGUAUGAUGCCUCAGCAGACUGGCAUGAUGGCUCAACCUACCGGGAUGAUGCCGCAACAGACUGGUAUGAUGGGUAUGCAGGGGCAGGGAAUGCCUGGAAUGAUGUCCCAAAUGACAGGGUACAACCCGAUGAUGUACCAAAAUCAAACAGGGUAUGGGUACCGAUAGAUUCUUGUUGUGAGCGAGGCAAAACUAAAGGGCGAGAUUGUAAGCAAUGUGUACUGUGCAAGAAUUAAGAGUGUAAAAUCAAGGUAGCCUAUUGAUACCUCUUUUUACAAUAUGGUUUAUGCAGUUUCCCGACCGUUUUCAGUCUUUAGGGUAUGCAAUCGGAUUAUUACUGCA